AAUUUGCUGCAGGCAACCCCAUGUCCCGAGCCUGUGGCGCCGAUCAGCAUGUGUUUGAUAUCUAUGGUGGCCUUUUGACCUAAUCCAAGGUCACCAUGGCCUGGAGAGGAGAGGUCAUUGACUACGCGGGAUCAAACGGUGAAGAUUUGGUGCCGAUCAGUGCCAUAGGCUUGGAACAUGGGGUCACCAAUAGCUUGGUCUGUCGUUUAGUCUCUAAAUGGGACGAAAGCUGUCGGCCAGUACGUGAGGGCCGCCGUCAUCUUGGUACAGUUAUCUCGCCGUCUGUGGCGACCAAGGGUGGCGACUACCAGCAGAUUACUAUAACGUGACCACAGAUACGUGCCAAGCCUUUACCUAAGAAUUAACCAAGAAUGGAGGCAUCUGGCAAGCAAGGUGGUGCGGCAACAGGUGGACAAGAUAUUCAGCUGGGAUUUGUGGAAAAUGCUGAAGCAUGGAAGCUCAUCAGUCGGUUUUUCCCUACAAAAGUUGGUGGAAAACCAGCCUGGCUAGAUUUGAAGAACCUGCCCCCACCAGAAAUGAUGAAAUGCUUCCACUGUGAUGCCCCAUAUGCAUUCUUAUGCCAGAUCUAUGCACCUAUUGAAGAGAAGGAUUCCUGUUUCCAUCGCACAAUAUUUUUGUUUAUCUGCAAAAACCCAGCAUGCUCACAAGAAGAUGAAGGUGGAAUUGUUGCGUUACGGUGCCAGCUUCCUUUAGAUAAUGAGUUCUAUCCGGACACACCAUUCGAGGAGAGGCCAGUUGUGGGCAAGGAUGAGUACGGAGCUGAACAUUACAUGAACAUAUGUGCUGUGUGCGGAUGUCUUGGGAGCAAACAAUGUGCAGGCUGCAAGAAGGUACAUUACUGUGGUAAAGCACACCAAACCAUCGACUGGAAAAUGGGACAUAAACAGAACUGCAAAGAAGUUGGCAGGCCGGGUGAUGGCAGUUCAAAGUUUUUGCUUCCUGAGGCCGACGUUGUUAUUGAAGAAGAACCGGCCGACGCGAAGAAGAGAGAGAAAACCGACGAGGAGAAGAUGGCUGACUACGCCACACUCGUGAAGGACAAGAUCGAGUCACUGCCAGACGCUGACGUCGGCGAGCUGGACAAGAUGGCGUCCAGCGGCGGCGACGACCCGGUGUUCACUCGAUUCCGCAAGCGGGUGGCGCGCGAGCCGGAGCAAGUGGUGCGGUACUGGCGCGGCGGCGCGCCGCUCUGGGUCAGUAGCCGGCGCGUGCCUGCCGCCGCAGACGUGCCCGCCUGCCGCUGCGGCGCCGCCCGCCAGUUCGAGUUCCAGGUCCUGCCGCAGCUGCUCAACCACCUCGACCUGGACGAGACGGGCGACAGCGUCGACUGGGGCACGCUGGCCGUGUACACCUGCUCCGACAGCUGCCAGCCGCCGGCCGGCGAGCCCGCCUAUGCCGCCGAGGUCGUCUGGAAGCAGCAGCUCUGAUGCAAUACAGGCGCUCGUUAGGCAGUG